AUGCUCAAUCUGCAAGAGUUCCAGGUGCAACUGCGUCUGUUAUACGAGUCCAAAGUGUUGCAGAGACACACCGGUACACGGUCAUUGAAGUAUGAUCAACAGAAACAAGUGAUUCUCGUGCAGUGUGCGCUGCAAGGGGGCCUCACGGCACAAUUCGCAGUCUCCUACAAUGAGACCUUCCAGGAACCACAACUCUCCUUCAGGCUGUUCGAUCCAGCGGGUAGUGUGUCCUUUGACCUGGAUACGGUGCAGUGGCCCACAUGGUUCGUCAUCACGCUGGAUACGGCGCCCUGGGACCCGGAAACCCCUUGGUUCACCGUUGGCUGCUGCGAUACAGAACAAGUCAUUGGCACCGGUGGGGAAUACUUGAACAAAUGGAUCUCCACAUACUUGACCUCCUGGACAGCUUGA